AUGCUAAUAAUACGAAGACUUCUUGAACUUCGAGGAUACCAGGUUCGUGUCGGCCAUAUUGGAGCUAGUGGUUUCAUGAAGAAUGGCGAUAAAAUCAUCGAAAUUUCGCGGAAGGAGCUUUGGAAAGACGGUGUUUUAGACGACGAUUUUGACAUUGAGAUUAUCAACCAAAUGGGAUGUGGCGAGUCAUUCGAAGGUGUAGCCGUCGGCGCUGACAUGUACCAUGUACAAAAAGUACGAGCGUUCAUAGGACCGUAUUGCAAUACUGAGCUUGAUGCUGUUGCCAAAAUGGCUUCCUUCUGGAAUGUUCCAAUAGUCGGCUACAUGGCUUCGUCUAAUGCAUUUGCUGACAAAUCCAUCUAUAAAACUUUGGCUCGGAUAGGCGUGGUCACGAAUACCGGUCCGCUGGCUUUCGAGAGAGCGGUAGCCUUCGAGGAAGUCUUUCAUAUGCACAAGAUUAUGGUUAUUAAAAAGGUUAUGUUCGAUGAGAAUGCCAAUACAAAGACAAUGGGGGAGAGUGGACUGCUAAAGGAAAUAUCGAAUAAUGCAAGAAUUAUAAUCUGUAUAUUCUCGUCAACUCGUGAUAUGGCCAUUGAGUUCAUGAAAGCUGCGUACAUGGCCAAGAUGAACACUCAUGACUAUGUCUAUAUUUUGCCAUGGUUACAGAAAAGAGAUUCCGGAGGAAAGCCUGGUACGGUAACGCCAGGUGGGACGGGGUUGCAGGAGUCAUCUAGGCUACCGAAACGGAAAAGGACUAGGAUGGCGAUCUGUACUUAUAACGCACGAACAUUCGACAGUAGAGGUGUUGGUGGAGUUGGCGUCCUCGUUAACACGAGAACGGCAAAGAACAUCGACUCUUUCGAACAAAUUACGACCCGAAUCGGACGUCUGCGGAUGAGAAGAUGUGGUCCAACACCAGCUUUGACUAUCUUCGUCGCUUACGCUCCAACAUCAAGCUACGAAGAAGAAGAAGUCGAAGCUUUCUAUAAGGACCUGGAGAAGUUCUACCGAGAAGAUCAUGCCUUCUACAAGGUCAUAAUUGGUGAUUUCAACGCCAAAGUUGGCCCAAGAAGAACGCCGGAGGAACAUCACUUCGGGACCCACGACCUACGAUGGAAUGACCAGGGAGAGAGGCUCUCCGAGUUCAUCAUGACGACUAAGACCAUCCAUGGGAACUCGCAAUUCCAGAAGCCCUCCUCUCUACGCUGGACGUGGGAGUCACCCGAUGGAGGGUACCGUAAUGAAAUAGACCACAUCAUUAUCAAUAAAAGGUUCUGCCUGACGGACGUCGCUGUUGUACCAAAGUUCAAUACGGGAUCGGACCAUCGCCUCCUCCGAGGAAGAGUUUCCUUCACAAGGGGAGAGAAGAAAGCCGCCAAAUUCAGAGAGCGAAAUCCCAGGACUAUCCUCAACUGGAAUCUCUUGGCUACGUUAGCCGGCUUUUGGAAAGUUUCCGCAAUGGACAACAUCGACGAAGAAUAUGACCGGCUCGUUGAACACCUUCACGACUGUGCGAAGAAGGCUGAGAGUUUUAAAACGACCAAGAGACGCCUGUCUCCUCAAACUCUUGAGCUGAUACGCCAGCGUGGAGCAGCACGAGCUGCAGGGAACCAAAAACUCACGUUCGAGCUUGCAAGGCUUUGCAGAGAGGCGAUAAUGGAAGACCUUAAAGAGAGAAGAGCAGAAGUGCUGGCUGAAGCUGCAGAGGCGGGGAAAAGCAUCCGCUAUGCCAGUCGAGACUUCGCCAGUCGCAAGACGAGGAUGACUGCUCUCCGGAACCCAAACGGAACAGCCAUUGGAUCGAGAAGGGGGAUGGAGAAAAUCAUCUACGACUUCUACUCUGAUCUCUUCGACAGCCAUGUCCACUUGCCUCCUCAUCAUCUGAAGGAAGAUGUCAGUCAUUCCAGAGGUUCUCCCGUCCGAAAUACGACAUGCUAUCAUGUCUCUAAGAACUCGUACGGCAACCGGUCCCGACAGAAUAAGACCAGAACACCUGAAGAGCCUUCCGCCAGUACUCAUCAACACCCUGGCGAGGCUCUUUACACGUUAUCUGUCGGAAUGCAAGGUUCCUAA